CAUGUUGUCUCUGACGCUCCUGGUACUCAGGACUCGGUUCGGUUUUGUGUAGAAGAACGGGAACGGUUCGGUUCUGGGAACGAUGGAGCAGGCCGCUCCCCAGUGCAGUCCGCUUCAUUCUGAAGCUCCAGACGUGAGUGCGUCACCCAGUAAGAGAGAGAGAGACGAGCAGACGGGCGAGAGAGCGACCACGCCCGGGAAACCCCUCACAGGUCGUGCGGUGAAGUCUAUUCCGUCCUCUCCCUCCUCCGCGGCUGGUCGAGCCAAAAUGAGCGUGUGUGGACCGGCGGGUCAGAGUAAAACCCCCGUCCACCCGCCCCCCUCCUCCCCCUCCCUCUCCUCCGGCACUCCUCCUCCCAAAAUCCACCGGGCGAGGAAGACCAUGAACAGACCCGCCGCCGUGUCACAGGUGCGCACCGUUCAGGCGUCCGGGACGGCGGAGAAGCAGCGGACGAGCGGCGCUUCUGAUACGGAAACAGCCAUAAAGAAGCAGAAGUUGGAUGUGGACGUCGUUCCGUCUCCGGUGAGACGUCUGGAGGAACAAACGGAACUUAAAAGCUCAGAAGUUUCUCCAGAGCUGGUGCCGGGAUCAUCAGUACCGGUAUCAGCAGUACCGGUAUCAGCAGUACCGGUAUCAGCAGUACCGGGAUCAUCAGUACCGGUAUCAGCAGUACCGGGAUCAUCAGUACCGGGAUCAUCAGUACCGGCAUCAUCAUCACCAGGAUCAUCAUCAGUACCGGGAUCAUCAGUACCGGGAUCAUCAUCAGUACCGGGAUCAUCAUCACCAGGAUCAUCAUCAGUACCGGCAUCAUCAUCAGUACCGGUAUCAUCAUCAGUACCGGGAUCAUCAGUACCGGCAUCAUCAUCAGUACCGGAAUCAUCAUCACCAGGAUCAUCAUCAGUACCGGAAUCAUCAGUACCGGCAUCAUCAUCAGUACCGGGAUCAUCAUCAGUACCGGCAUCAUCAUCAGUACCGGUAUCAUCAUCAGUACCGGGAUCAUCAUCAGUACCAGGAUCAUCAUCACCAGGAUCAUCAUCAGUACCGGGAUCAUCAUCAGUACCGGGAUCAUCAUCAGUACCGGGAUCAUCAUCAGUACCGGGAUCAUCAUCACCAGGAUCAUCAUCAGUACCGGGAUCAUCAUCAGUACCGGCAUCAUCAUCAGUACCGGCAUCAUCAGCAGUACCGGCAUCAUCAGCAGUACCGGCAUCAUCAUCAGUACCGGGAUCAUCAUCACCAGGAUCAUCAUCAGUACCGGCAUCAUCAUCAGUACCGGGAUCAUCAUCAGUACCGGCAUCAUCAUCAGUACCGGGAUCAUCAUCAGUACCGGCAUCAUCAUCAGUACCGGCAUCAUCAUCAUCAGUACCGGGAUCAUCAUCACCAGGAUCAUCAGCGGCACCGGCUUCAUCAGCACCGGCACCGGAGACUUCAGCGGUGGCGGCGGCUCAACCGGAGGAAACGAAGAACGCCGAGAGCGUGGAGAAGGUGGAGCCUGUAGUCACGGCGACCAAAGAGCUGAGCUGUGGUUGGCUGGAGGAGCUGGACGAUGAGGCGGACGAGGAGGACGUUCACCUGCUGUACAACAGCUACGCUGGAGACGAUGUCAUCUACUCCGAUAGUAAGUCCGAUGACGGGAUGGAAGGACCGCCAGAGAUCCAGACAGAAAACCACACAGACGGACCCUCGGAUCAGGGUUCCCCUUCAGAUCUAGCCAAAGGACCCAGGAAAAAGGGGGAGCAGGAAUCAUCAUGGAGACCGCAACGAAAAGAGAGGAAGAGGGGCGCGGCGCCAGCUACAGACACAGGCCGAGGCGCUCCAGCAGGAGGUUCCUCCGACUACACUCCUUUAGGUUCCCUGGACGUGUCCACUGCAGACAGCCUGGCCCUCUCCCCGCCUACAGAUGAGCGUGAGAUGGAGAGGAUGGAGGAGCUACCACUGUGUAGCUGUAGGAUGGAGGCUCCACGUGUUCAUAAACUCACAGCCAACACUCAACAAACCUGCAUGGCCAUAGAGAGCGUCAACGGACAGCUGGCGGGCUGUACCAACACCGUCCUGAAGGGGGAGACCAUGCGACCAUCCAGUCGAGUGUCCCUGAUGGUCCUGUGUGAGACACACCGCUCACACAUGGUGAAACACCACUGCUGCCCGGGGUGUGGAUACUUCUGUCUGUCUGGAACGUUCCUGGAAUGCUGUCCUGACAUCCGUAUCGCUCAUCGUUUCCACCGCGGCUGUGUGACCGUACUGGGAGGUGGGCGGAGCCGGGGCGGUUCUGUGGGCGUCGGCCUGCUCUUCUGUCCUCACUGCGGCGAAGACGCCUCAGAGGCACACGAGGUCACCAUCCCUCUGGCACCGGCAACCACGGGGACUGUCGUCACGGCGACCGCUUCCUCCACUACCCUGCUCCUCCCAUCGACGUUGGUGACGAAAAAUGCCGCGCCCCGUAACGAUAAGAGGACCGGAGAGCCAAUCAGUGCCAGGAUGCAUUGGCGUGGCGAUGCCAGGAAAGGGGCGGAGUCAGAGUCUCAGCCUCCCAGCGCCAGCACUCCCGUGGGUGGGGGCGGAGUCGAGGACUCGGUCGCCCUGGGUGACGGAGGCGCGGACAGCGUUGGCCCCUCCCUCGUCCUGCCCAACGGGAAGCCAGUCUGUCCGGGCGCGCUUCCUCCCGGUGAGAGCAGGGUGGCGCUGCAGAGAGCCAUUCUGAACCAGGACGCUGAGAGGAAGAAGAAGUUACGCUUCCACCCCCGCCAGCUCUACCUGUCAGCCAAGCAGGGAGAAGUCCAGCGAGUUCUGCUCAUGCUCAUGGAGGGGAUGGACCCCGGGUUCCAGGCCGACUCUCAGAACCGGCGCUCGGCUCUCCACGCAGCCGCUCAGCGGGGUCAGAUGGAGGUCGUUUACCUUCUCCUGCAGGCUGGUGCUAAAGUCGAUGUCCAGGAUAAAGGGCAGCGGACGCCACUGCUGGAGGCCAUCAUCAACAACCAGGUGGAGGUGACCAAGUACAUGAUACAAAGAGGAGCCAGUGUGUAUCAUGUAGAGGAGGACGGCUCUACUGGGCUCCAUCAUGCUGCUAAACUGGGGAACCUGGAGAUCGUCACACUGCUGCUCAACACUGGACAGGUGGACAUCAACGCUCAGGAUAACGGUGGUUGGACUCCGAUCAUCUGGGCUGCUGAACACAGACACACUGAUAUAAUCAGAGCUCUGCUCAACCGGGGCGCCGACGUUACACUUAAAGACAAGGAGAUGAACGUGUGUGCACACUGGGCCUCGUUCGCUGGUAGUUCUGAGAUAGCUGAAAUGGUGCUGAAUGCUGGAUGUCCUCUGUCCUCCAUGAACCUGAUCGGAGACACACCGCUGCACAUCGCUGCCCGCGAGGGACACGUCCACUGUGUCACGCUGUUCCUCUCCAGAGGGGCGGACAUCGAGGCGGUGAAUAAUGAAGGGGACACGCCCCUCUCUCUGGCACGACCUGAUUCGCCGGUUUGGGUGUUGCUCCAGAUAAACAGGAAGUUGAGGAGGGGAAUAGCCAAUCGGAUGGUCCGCACCGAGAGGAUCAUCUGCAGCGACGUCGCCCAGGGUUACGAGAACGUUCCCAUCCCGUGUGUGAACGCCGUGGACGACGAAGGCUGCCCGUCCGACUACAAGUACAUCGCAGAGAACUGCGAGACCUCCACCAUGAACAUCGACCGCAACAUCACGCACCUGCAGCACUGUAGUUGUACUGACGACUGCUCCUCCAGUAACUGCUUAUGUGGACAACUCAGCAUCCGCUGCUGGUACGACAAGGACCAGCGCCUCCUGCAGGAGUUUAAUAAGAUUGAACCUCCUCUGAUAUUCGAGUGUAACCUCGCCUGCUCCUGCCACAAAUCCUGCAAGAACCGGGUGGUACAGGCUGGCAUCAAAGUACGUUUACAGCUGUAUCGUACAGAGAAGAUGGGGUGGGGAGUUCGAGCUCUGCAGGACAUUCCACAGGGAAGCUUCAUCUGCGAGUAUGUCGGAGAGCUGAUCUCUGAUGCUGAGGCGGAUGUGAGAGAAGAUGAUUCAUAUCUGUUUGAUCUGGAUAAUAAGGACGGUGAGGUGUACUGCAUCGAUGCUCGUUACUACGGUAACAUCAGUCGUUUCAUUAAUCACCUGUGCGACCCUAACAUCAUUCCAGUACGUGUGUUUAUGCUGCACCAGGACCUGAGGUUCCCUCGUAUAGCGUUCUUCAGCUCCAGAGAUAUUUAUACGGGACAGGAACUCGGGUUCGAUUACGGCGAUCGUUUCUGGGACAUUAAGAGUAAGUACUUCACGUGUCAGUGCGGAUCAGAGAAAUGUAAACACUCGGCCGAGGCCAUCGCGCUGGAGCAGAGCAGGAUGGCACGACUGGAGUCCUGCGCCGAGUCCAGCGGCGACGCCGCACUCGCCAGCCCGGGGAACUCCUAGGAACUCCUCCAGAGAGCAUCAUGGGAAAUAUCAGUCUGCUUCAUUUGUUUUUCUUAAUUUUUACAGAUUAGUUUGUAAUCAUCCUGUGUUUGUUUAUUUUCUAUCAGAUAUAAAAGAUCUGAUCUUAAUAAAACGGUGUAACGUUC